CAGUUACUCCUGCUUUACAGCAUGUUGAAAUAAUGAAUACUUAUUCCCCUUACCAAUAAAACCUAUAUGUCUCUUACUACAGCUUCUGCAAGAACUGCAAAGGUCAUGACUUCUACUGGAGAGACUGGGACUGCUUCAUACUGCCAUGUAGGUGAGUGCUUCCUCACUGCGCUCUGCCACUCAGUAGGUAUGGUGACUUCUGGUCCUCCAGUGAGCGCUCCUGAAUUGUUCCAACUGUGCUCCCGGAUCAAGAGGGUAGAACAAAAGCUGCGAGAGAUGAGAGACAUCUUCCAAGGGUCAGGUUUCCCAUCACCAAGUGAGGCAGAAAAGAAGCUAUCGGAGUUAAUCCAGUCUGUCGUCUUCCUUCUCUUGAAAUAUCCAGCUCUCAAAUCCCGUUGUGUCCGAGAGGCUGUCACCACUCUUAUACACAGAGUAAAAGACUCCACCACACAACCUGGAUCCUCGGAGAGUCCUAAUAAGAGAUUCAGUUACAUAUUUCGGGAUUUGGAUGCCUUGGAAAUAAACCUUGGGAAUGAGACAGUUGAGAUGUUGCUUGGAGAAACUGAGAUAUCAAAUUCCGAUACACAACAAGAUGAUGAAGAAUCGUCACUGAUUAGUACACCUUCGGAAUUGAUCCAGACGCACAGUGACAGAGAUGUGGCCCCUGUAUCCACUGAAGAGGCAGAUGAAGUUCUCACUCAUAGUGAAGGGGGAGUAGAGUCUGCCCUUAACUACGCCAAACGCUGGUGCAAAUAUGUGAGAGAAGUGCUGGGGUACAUGGAGAAAAGACUCAACUAUGAAUCUGAGUUUGCCAAAAACACCAUUAGAUUGUCUGAGUCGGCAAGAUGCAACAUCAGUCAGCAGCCAUGCAUGCCGCUGCAAGAUGUCUACCUAUUGCUUAUGGAUCAUGAGACACAGACAGGAAAUUCAGCCAUCACCACUGUGACUAACCUACAGAUGAAGAAAUAUUACCAGCCUUUAUCUGCGAAGAAGACGGAGAUUGAAAAAUGGAGAAAGGAAUUCAGGGACCAGUGGACAAGAGAGCAGAAGCGCAUGCUCGAUGCACUGAGCUCACUGCGCAAGUCUCGCCAGCAGUAUAUACAGCGCUGUGAAGAUUUAGAGAAGGCAAAACAACUCAGUGCCAAAGUGGAAGAGGAGCAGAGCACUGGUACUCUUCCUGGCAGUGCCAACAAACAGUUGGAGCGGAGAAGGAGGUAUCGGGAAGAAGCCCAACAAAAGGCGAAUGAGGCGGAGGUUGUAUACCGUACUUGCGUUUCAGAGGCUAAUGCACGAUGUCAGCAACAGGAGACAGUCAAAGUAAGAAUCAUUAGUCAUAUCAGGAAACUGGUGCAUCAGGGAGACCAGGUACUAAAGGAGGCAACCCUGAACCUACUCCGUCUGAAAAAGUUCCAGUAUGAGUCAGUCCCCUGUGGAUAUGAAAAUCUACUGGAAACAUGUGACCCAUAUGAGGCCGGAGACCGAUAUUUGCAAUUUAUUCUAACCCUGCCACGGAAGUACACAGAGGUUGAAAAGUACACGUUCCAGGAAUACAUUACCUCAGGACAGAGAUCGCCAUCUUCUGGCAGAAGAAAGCAUGCAGUCCAACUUGUCAGAGUCUCUUCCUCAUUAUCUGAUCUGCAUAUGAAACAAGAUGAUCAAGGAACAAAGAUAUCUGCAGGUGAACGGGGUUCAUGGGGAAACAAGAUCUUCAGCAGCGAUUCUGACACUAUAGGAAGCAGCAACGAUGGGAGGUCACAGGAAUCUCUCACAGACAGCCCAGUUCACAUAUCUAGAAAAGUCCUUAAAGCUUCCUCUACAGGAACCAUGUCCUCAGAUGAUCUGGAUGAAAGAGAUUCCAGUCAUGCAGAUGAUGCAGACUCCAUAGAUGCCAUGUCAGAAAAUGGUUUGUCUCAGGCAAGUGCAUACCUGUCUCCAGCGGCUCUUAGUCAUCGUCUUCGGAGAACAAGGGUCCCCACAAAAUGUCGGGACUGUGAAGGCUUCAUGGUGUCUGGUGUGGAGUGUGAGGAGUGCUUAUUGACCUGUCACAAGAAGUGCCUAGAGAACUUACUAAUUAAAUGUGGCCAUCGGAGGUUGCCCCCUAAAGCUUCACUUUUUGGUGUGGACUUUGCUCAGUUUCCACGAUACUUCCCUGAAGAGGUUCCCUUCAUCAUUGUUAAGUGCACUUCGGAGAUUGAGAUACGGGCUUUAGGGCAACAGGGUCUCUAUCGUAUCAGUGGUGCCAAGGCCCGGGUGGAGAAGUUACUGCAAGCAUUUGAGAAUGGGAAAGAUCUGGUGGAUCUGUCAGGACAUUCACCACAUGAUAUCACCAGCACUCUAAAACAGUUCCUAAAACAGCUCCCCGAUUCAGUGGUCUCUCCUCACCUCUACAAUGAGUUUAUGCUCUUUGCCCGGGAAUUCCAUGAAGAAAAAAAAGAAACCGAAAGUCGUAAUCCCAUUCAGCAUAUAAAGGAUAUUCUCUGUUGCCUUCCAGACAGUAACUAUAAUACGCUUCGCCAUUUAACAGCUCAUCUAUACAGAGUUUCACAACGAUAUGAAGAAAACAAGAUGAAUCCUAACAAUCUAGGGAUUAUCUUUGGGCCAACACUCUUUCGUCCAUCUCCUGGACUAGACAUGCCAAUGACCUGUCUUAUAGAUUCUGGGUACCAGGCACAGACUGUGGAAUUUCUCAUUAAUAACUAUGAGAAAAUCUUUGGCAUGGAUGAACUUCCUUCAAGUGGGAGCCACUCAGGAGAGGAGCGGUCAGAGGCAGAAAUGGGAGGAAUAGGAGAAGCAUCCAAAAGGAGUUCGAUGGAAGGUGGUCACUUGAGCACCGACACUUCAGAUCUAGAUGAAAGGCAAACUGAUAGAACACAGAGGGUAACAGACGAGGAACCAGGGUCUGAAAAUGCAAUAUCUUCCAGAGCUCACUUUAGUCGACAACCAGUCAAAGUUGGACGUGCAGAACAGUCUGGCAGUCAUGAACCAGAAGCUGGUGAUGAAUCUGGUGAUGAAUAGUGAGAAAUAAAAAUUGAUAAAGAAAGACGAGGCUAUUUCUUCAUUAUAACUCCUCAAUAAAGACUAGGGCACAGACAUGACAGGGUAAAGACAAAUAAAAGAAAUAAGAGCAAUGUAUGUAGGUUACAGUAUU